AUGCGAAGCUGCGACAAUGACCCUCGAAGUGAAGCUUUCUCUGCUAUUCGGUCAUCAGGAUAUCUGUCCACUGGAAAAUGCAGCCGCGCAGUAAGCCAUCUUGCCAUCCUCAGCUCCCCCUCGCGUCUCGAUGCUGAGGGUGUUACAUAUAUCACCGAGGUCAGAUAUCCUGGGAAUUUCAUCAUCACGCAGCAGGCGCAGCAUCACAUGGUGAUCAACGUGGGAUCUUGCAUGACACAGUCUGUCAAUUUCGCAUUGACGGGCGACAGCCUUGGUCGUCCUAACUUCAUCAAAUGCCCCAUCCGGUAG